UCCCGUUGAGGUAGGGUGGGGGUGUGGUUCGGCGAAAUGACGUGUGUCGAUGAGUAAUCCCAUGUAUCGUCAAAGUUCCGCCCAAGUAGAGGGUUCAUGACUGAACUGUGAAGAAAGAACCAGUGUCAGGAAGCAUGGCACAAGUGCAGACACCCCCUGCUAAUGCUCCCCCUCCAGCAUGGUUGAUAGCGCUGGAUAAGAAACGUGAAAGGGUUCACCGACUUGGACAUGAAAUCGGAGCCGGUUCGCGUUGCUUGGUCUGCAAUGAUGACUGCCCUGGCCUGGAUUUACACUUUUGGAGGAAGAUAUGUCGAAAUUGCAAAUGCAAAAAGGAGGAACACGAUGUCAUUGAUGAUGAUUAUUACAUGGAGCAGUUUGAAAUUCUUCUGGGUUCCAACCAUUCCAACAACCGACCUAAUAAAGCCUUCCUGGAAAUGUUAGAGAAACACACAAGUGCAGGAUUUAAAAACAAGUUAAAGAGUCUUGCAUUUGAUUGGGUUCCACCAGAUGUCUCACCUAUUAUCGCAGCAGAGUAUAUGCAGGCCUUACCAGCAAACAAACUGCCCAUUAGUGGCAGUGAUGGGGCUCUCUAUAGGCGCCAACAACUUGAGCGCCAACUACCAUUGCAUGACUUGGAUGCAAACCAGUGCCACCAGCUGACCGAUGCUGAAGUAGAAAAUUUGGAGAAAUAUCUGGAAAAUCUCAAAAAUAAUGUGGUCGGUCAAGGUCGAGUAACUAAGUUGAGUAUUCCAACUUCAAGCUCACUUGAUUCGUUGCAGAAAGUCUGUACCUACAACAGUGUGCCAAAACCAUACCAGUCAAGUAUUGGGAGCAGCACAUCAUCUAACACUCAGCCUCAUUUUAAUGUAGAAGGCCAAGUAGAUUCCUUACAACAUAUUCAUUUGAAGACACCAAGUGCAUUUUGGCCCAAGCGAUCAUCACCAGAGCCUUAUCGGUCAUUGUCUCCAGCAGCUGAUGCCCUUCUACCCUCUGUCACUGACCGUGGUGCUGCGUUUGGUGUCACACUCUCUCCAGCAUCUGAAGGACGACGGGCUACAUCCAAGAUUCCAAGACAUGGAGCAAUCGAACCGGGGCAAUUGUUACCCACAGAAAACAGAGGCAUGGGGCAGCUAAACUGUACUGGUCAGUUUGUGAAGGAUCAAAUCGCCACAUCCCUCUCCCAAUCCACAAAUGUACCAGGAAGUAUGUGGGUUCCGUCUGAGUGUGAAGAAUGUUCAAGAAAAGAUGAAAACGGCCAGUUAGUAAAGAGUCAAUUUUGUAAACAUACAGCUGUGUCUAGUGAUGUUGCUCAUAAAAUAGAGCCCUUCGCAUGUACAGAUUGUGUUCAAAAAAUUGUCGAUGGGCAAUUGGUAAAAGGCCACAUUUGCACCCAUAUUGCCAGCUCAAGCAUUAACCCACAUAUUAAAGCACCUGCUUAUUGUUCUGAGUGUGUGCAGAAAGCUUUUGAUGGAAAGCUGGUCAAGGGUCAAAUGUGCACCCAUAUUACUAGCUCUAGUAUUAAUCCAAGUGUGAAAGCACCGGCUUAUUGUGCUGAGUGUGUGCAGAGAGCUUUUGAUGGCAAGCUAGUUAAGGGUCAACUGUGCACCCAUAUUACUAGCUCAAGCACUAUUCCAAAUAUAAUAGCACCUGCUUAUUGUGCUGAGUGCGUGCAGAGAGCUUUUGAUGGAAAGCUAGUUAAGGGUCAACUGUGCACCCAUAUUAUUAGCUCAAGCCCUAUUCCAAAUGUAAUAGGACCUGCCUAUUGUACUGAGUGUGUGCAGAAAGUUACUGAUGGCAAGCUGGUAAAGGGUCAGAUGUGCACUCACAUUGCCAGCUCAAGCAUUAAUCCAAAAGGAAUAUCACCUGCCUAUUGUGGUGAGUGUGUGCAGAGAGCUUUUGAUGGUAAGCUGGUCAAGGGCCAAAUAUGCACCCAUAUGACUAGCUCCAGUAUUAAUCCAGGUGUAGUAGCACCUGCCUAUUGUGCUGAGUGUGUGCAGAAAGUUAUUGAUGGCAAGAUGGUUAAGGGUCAAAUGUGCACUCACAUUGCCAGCUCAAGCAUUAAUCCAAAAGGAGUAUCACCUGCCUAUUGUGGUGAGUGUGUGCAGAAAGUUAUUGAUGGCAAGAUGGUUAAGGGUCAAAUGUGCACCCACAUUACCAGCUCAAGCAUUAAUCCAAAAGUAGUAGCACCUGCCUAUUGUGGUGAGUGUGUGCAGAAAGUCAUUGAUGGCAAGCUGGUUAAGGGUCACAUUUGCACUCACAUUGCCAGCUCAAGCGUUAAUCCCAAUGUAAUAGCACCUGCUGACUGUAGGAAGUGCCUGAAUGAAGGUAUACAUGAUCAAAUAUGCCCUCACAUUAUCUAUGCAGAUAUUGACCAUGGGGUACCCCACAGUACGCCGGCUUCUAAAUGUAUGACGUCAGCCUCCAGUGCUCCUCACGUGAUGGCUUUGUAUGCCCACAAUGCUUUGAACUCUCCAUCAAGGUUGCACCCGCAAGAUAAGCUCUCUCCUCAUGUUGCGUCUCUAUCCAUUGAUGACCAUCACUAUGAAGAAAUCCCUAAGUAUGAAGAAAUCCCUGGUGGGGAUGAGGUUCACUAUGACUCUAUCCGUGGGAUGCAAGAUGCAGUGCCCAUUGGUCCCAUUCCUCCUACCAAUCUUCAUUGUGCUGAAUGUAGUGAGGAUAUAUUACCUGGGGAAGUGGUAGUAUUUGCAGACCGUGCUGGAUCUGAUAUGGUUUGGCAUCCUAAAUGUUUUGUGUGUCAUACCUGCCAGGAGCUCUUGGUGGAUCUUGUAUACUUCUUCAACAAGGGUCAUGUGUACUGUGGCCGUCAUUUUUCUGAGAUGUUAGACAUUCCACGUUGUAGUGCUUGUGAUGAGCUUAUCUUUGUGAAAGAGUACACUGUUGCUGAAGGACAAGAUUUCCAUGUUAAACACUUCUGCUGCUUUGAAUGUGAUGAACCUUUGGGUGGGAAGCAGUACGUUCCUAAAGAGGGCCAGCCAGUUUGUCUGCCUUGCUAUGAACUCAAAUAUGGAAAAAAAUGCCAAUCUUGUCAACUCGUCAUCAAGGCAAAAGAUCAAGGAGUUGCCUUUAAACAUCUUCAUUGGCAUGCUACUCCUGAAUGUUUCCUUUGCUUCUCCUGUCAAAAGUUUUUACUGACUGGCCGAUUUGCUGUGAGAGAUGAUCGCCCAUUCUGUUGUAAGGAGUGCAUGCAGGCAAGUUUAUCUACAAAUCAUCAAAAGGUUUCAGCUGUCUAGAUUUAACACGUUGAGUGCGGCGUGACCCACAGCUUGGGUCCCAAUAACAUGGGAUUGCCUAACCUCUCUGCACUCAAUGUGUUAACAAGGCCAAUUCUAUACUGUUGUAAAGAGGGUGUCAAGGUGAGAAACAGUAAAUUCUCUAUUUUUUAUAUUCUAUUUUACUACAUCUAAGCUGUUUUAUUGAUGCAGUAUUUUGUCAUGGUUCAUUUGUGCAACAAAUGCAUUUUUUUAAAAAUGAUGCUUACUCCAGACUUUUGGUCUAUAUUUUAUGAGUACGUUUAUCCUUGUACUAAAAAACUGCAGCUUUUGCAGUACAUAUCAGAAAUGUCACAUGUACUAUACUAAUUUAGAAAUUAAGCAUUCCGUACUUGAAAAGUUGUGAUUGAAACUCUUUGUGAUUUUUCUAUGUCUUCUUUUUUGCCAAUCAAAAAUUUAUAUUUGGUUAUUUGAUAAAAAAUAUUUAAUGAGUAAAUGAAUGAAAUUUAUUUAUGCUAUUAAUAAAGGUACAGUAUUUUAUUGUA